AAUUUUAGGCAUCGUCUCAUUUGUGAACAGUUUACGAAUUCGUCAAGUUGUGCGUCGAGCGGUUAGUGUGAUAUUUUGUAAGAAAAUAUUAGAAAAAAUAUAAUUAAAUAGUGGAAAAUUGUAAUUUCCAUAAGAAUUUGUUCGUUUUUAAACAAUAAACUACAAGAAAGCGCUUGCUUGUCUUGAAUACAGAAAUUUGUAUUGAUUUUUUUUCGCCAAGUGUGUGUGUAUAUAUAUUUUUACUAUACAUACGCCUAGGGUACGCUACUGUGAAUAGUGUUGGUGGUUACCAAUCAUCAAUAUGGCGGACGACGAGCAAUUCUCGUUGUGCUGGAAUAAUUUCAAUAGUAAUUUAUCGGCCGGUUUCCAUGAGUCGCUAUGCCGUGGCGAUCUGGUGGAUGUGACGCUGGCGGCAGAGGGACAAUUUGUUAAGGCUCAUCGUCUUGUAUUGUCUGUCUGUUCGCCCUAUUUUCGUAAAAUGUUCACUCAAAUGCCAGCCAAUCAACAUGCCUUUGUAUUUCUCAAAGAUGUUAGCCAUACGGCUCUUAAAGAUCUCAUCCAAUUUAUGUAUUGCGGUGAGGUUAAUGUUAAACAGGAGGCCCUACCAGCGUUCAUAAGUACUGCAGAGGCUUUACAAAUAAAGGGUUUAACAGAUAGUGAUCCACCACAAUCUCAAACACCACCUGAACCCUCAACACCUACGCCACAAAUACAACAGCAACAACAAAUACAAACGUCGCCUCGUGUACGACAACGUACUUCAACUGCCCGCUCAUAUAAAAUUGAAACGGUCGAAGAUUCCGGUGAUGAUGCAAAACAAACAACACAAAUAGUCAUACAAACUACGGCGCCAACACACCCACCCCAAGCUACUAUUACCACCCAACCUCAACACCAGCAGCAGCAUCAACCGCAACAACAGCAGCAGCAACAUCAUCAUCAGCCUCAGCAGCAACAACAUAUAACGCAACAAACUCUACACACUCAAACACAUCAACUUACCAGCGUUAGUAUGCCAGCGGCUACCACCACAACAGUGGUGACACAAAAACGACCCGCCCAACGCUCGAGUUUAGGUAGUGUGCCGAAUAUUAAACGCUCCAAGAGUACAAUUGAUCCUUUAGAGGCUUCGGAUGCCAACACUGCUGCUGCCACACAUCAAAUAAACGUACAAACUGUUGUUGCCGAAUCUAAACCUCAAGUUCAACAUCAUCAUCAGCAGCAACAACAGCAUCAAACACAUCAUCACCACCAACAGCAACAGGCGCAACACCAGCAGCAAACAAAUGAACCUGAAUACAUUGACUUACCCAUUGAUCUGCCCACAAAAUCGGAACCAGACUAUGCCGAAGAGGCUGGCGAAGUUGAUCAGGCCGAACAGGAUGCCACCUAUGUUGAAGAUGAAUCCUAUGGUGAUAUGCGUUACGACGAAAGUUACUUUACCGAAAACGAAGAUGCUGCUGCAGCGGGUGGUAAUGCAACGGCAACCUCAACACAAAAUACUAGUGCAACGACAGCUACCACUUCAAAGGCUAUUGUGAAACAACAACCGCUCUCUGAUUCUUCGUACAUGGAUACAUCAGCAGAUCCAGCUAAUAGUGAUGCACAAGCUUUAAAGAUAAAAUCGUUUACUGGCUCUGGGGCACUUGAUGAAUUCCGUAAACCAUUAAAUCUACCCAAAAUAUUGGAUGGUAAAUUUUACAGUGACAUACGACCGCAUCCUAAAACACCAGGAGGUAUACAAGCCACCUGUACCACUUGUUAUGGCACUAUUUCUGGUACAACCAAAUCAACUGGAAACUUCUUAAGUCAUAUAAAACGACGUCACAAAGAACUUUUGCCUUCGUGCCAAUUGUACUGUUCUGCCAAAAAUUUAAGUUGUUUUAAUCAGUCGGAUUUAAAAUUUCCAGCUAAUUUUCCCAUGUCUUUAACUAGUUCGCCAGUUCCCCUAAUGCUGGCUUAUACAUCUGGUGGUGGUGGUGGCAAGGAGCAAUCCGCGCCCUGUGUGACCACGGCUACCGCCAUUAUGGCGGGUACAACGACUACAACAAAUUCAAAUGCAAUGCCCGCCAUACCAGCAUUUUUACGUAGUGAUUCUUCUUCCUCGAGUACUGCAAAUAAUAUGGGAAUCAAUCCAGCUAAUGGGGUUUUCAAACAGUCUCCUCCUCAUUAAAAGGAUAGAGAAUAUUAAGUGAAUGACAAUUUAAAAAUUAUUUUUAAGACGUUUUUUUUUUUACUUUGCUAAAUUGGUGGACAUUUGCCUAUUAGUCUAAAUUGAUAAUUAGGUUAAAUUAUUCUUCAAGCUUUUAAUGUUCACCACGUAUUAUCAGGAAUUUUUUUUUGUUUUUCAAAAAAUUUAUUUUAAUGAAAGUUUGUCACUUAUUUGUUUUAUACCCGGCCUUAAGAUAAUUGGUCUUAAAUAUUCGAUAAUUUAAGUAUAUUUUGUAUAUGGUGUCUCAUAUAUGUAUUUUUCUGUUUGUUUCUUUCAUUUCUGUAUUAAAAUGGUCAGUUUUAUUUUUAUUUUAAAAAUUGUGAAGUACAAAAAGUUUUAUUAUCCUUUUCAUUUUGGCCAUUAAGCGGUAUGUAAUAAGUUUUAAGUAGCAAUCAAAAUAGUUUUUAAUAAAUAUCAACAAAUAUAUACUUAAGCUAUAUAUCAUCAA